AUGUCUCGAGUUUAUGUUGGGAAUCUUGAUCCACGAGUAAGCGAACGUGAUCUUGAGGAUGAAUUUCGUGUGUUCGGAGUUAUCAGAAGUGUGUGGGUUGCAAGGAGGCCCCCUGGUUAUGCUUUCAUAGAUUUUGAUGACCGUCGGGAUGCCCAGGAUGCUAUCCGAGAAAUUGAUGGUAAAAAUGGCUGGAGAGUCGAGCUUUCUCACAACUCCAGAGGUGGUGGCAGCGGCGGAGGUGGCCGUGGUGGGGGUCGUGGCCGUGGUGGAUCUGAUUCAAAAUGCUAUGAAUGUGGGGAGCCUGGCCAUUUUGCUCGUGAGUGCCGUAAUCGUGGUGGUUUAGGGAGGCGUAGGAGCCGUAGUCCCCCUAGAUAUCGCCGGAGCCCAAGUUAUGGCAGAAGGAGUUACAGUCCCCGUGGUCGUUCUCCUCGUCGUCGCAGUUUGUCACCUAGAGGUCGCAGCUACAGCAGGUCACCACCAUAUCGUGGACGAGAUGAGGUGCCAUAUGCAAAUGGAAAUGGCAUUAAGGAAAGGCGUAGAAGCAGGAGCUGA